ACUAGUCUUCAAGAUGACAAAUCUGCAUUCUUUCUGCUGCUUUGUUGUUUACAUAGUUUUAAUACAUUUCAUUGCUUCAUUGAGUUUGAUCACAUCCCAAAUUCACAUAAAUGAAAUUGCCAAUGGUAUUACCAAUAAUGCUCUUUUCAUUUUUGGUGACUCUACUGUUGAUUCUGGCAACAACAACUAUAUAGAUACUAUUCCUGAGAACAAAGCAGAUUGUAAACCAUAUGGACAAAAUGGGGUUUUCGAUAAACCCACCGGACGAUUCUCAGAUGGCCGCGUUAUUACCGAUUUUAUAGCUGAAUAUGCAAAGUUGCCCCUGAUUCCUCCAUAUUUAAAACCAUCUAUUGAUUAUAGUAAUGGUGUCAACUUUGCUUCUGGUGGAGCUGGUGUUCUUCCGGAAACCAAUCAGGGACUGGUGAUAGAUCUUCCAACACAAUUAAGUAACUUUGAAGAAGUGAGGAAAUCACUAGCAGAAAAGCUUGGAGAAGAGAAGGCAAAGGAGUUGAUAUCAGAAGCAGUUUAUUUCAUUAGCAUUGGAAGCAAUGAUUACAUGGGUGGUUAUUUGGGUAACCCAAAAAUGCAAGAAAGCUACAAUCCUCAACAAUAUAUUGGGAUGGUGAUUGGAAACCUCACACAAUCAAUUGUAAGACUAUAUGAGAAAGGAGCAAGAAAAUUUGGAUUUUUAAGUUUGUCUCCUUUAGGUUGCUUACCAGCCCUUAGAGCUGCAAAUCCUGAAGCAAACAAAGGUGGUUGUUUUGGAGCAGCUUCUUCUCUUGCUCUAGCACAUAACAAUGCUUUGAGUAAUAUUCUCACAAGCCUCAACCAAGUCCUUAAAGGAUUCAUGUACACAAAUUCUAAUUUCUAUGAUUGGCUUCAAGAUAAAAUAAAUAACCCCACAAAAUAUGGUUUUGAGGAUGGGGUUAAUGCAUGUUGUGGAAGUGGACCAUAUGGAGGUAUCUACACAUGUGGGGGCACAAAGACAAUUAAAGAAUACAACUUAUGUGACAAUGUUGAUGAGUUUGUUUGGUGGGAUUCAUUCCACCCAACAGAGAAGAUUCAUGAGCAAUUUGCAAAGGCUUUAUGGAAUGGAUCACUUUCCAUAGUUGGACCAUACAAUUUAGAAAGGCUAUUCAACAAUGACAUCAAACUCAUGACUAUAGCUGAUGUAGUUGAUGUCCCAGAAAUUGAGCAUGGAUUCUGAGUUUAAGUUUGUAAAAAGAUAAUAACAAUAGCAAAAUGCCAAUAACACUAGAUAUUUGUGUCAUAA